GGACCAGGAUUAUGAUCCGCCUUACCCUUUGAAACAAAAUGAUGGCGUGUGUUCGAUUGAGCUGAACGGAUGACUUCUGUGGGAGUUUCAGUUUUUUUUUUGACAGAGGAUUCCAGGAAAUUGCCAGGCCAAACUGAAUUAACAAGAGGAGCUGUGGACACUUUUUUAAAAAGCACACACCCAGGCCUUGGGGUAUAAGCCGGGAGAGAAGAGAGCGGGACAUCACACUGCACGCUUUUAUCUCGCACACACUCAUCCCCUUGUUAUCAGAACUGGGACAGAGAUGGUGAAGAUCUUUGUGGGCAACGUGAACUCCUCGACCACUGAGCAGGAGCUGCGUGCACUGUUCGAGAAGUAUGGCGAGGUGUCGGACUGCGACAUCCUGAAGAACUAUGGCUUUGUGCACAUGGAGGAGGAGGAGGCGGCUCAGAAGGCGGUCUCCGCCCUGCACAAGCACGAGCUCAACGGGUCCCGCAUCACCGUGGAGUACGCCACCACCAAGGUGCGCAAUGCCACCAAGAUCUACGUGGGGAACGUGCCCGAGGGCGUGACUGCCAGCAAGAUUAAGGAACUGUUCCAGCAGUACGGCAAGGUGGUGGAGUGCGACAUUGUCAAAAACUAUGCCUUCGUCCACAUGCAGCGGGAGAACGAGGCCCUGGAGGCCAUCUCAGAGCUCAACCACUCAAAGAUCGAAGGCCAGAAAAUCUUCGUCUCCCUGUCCCGCAGCAACCAGGCCAAAGACGGCCGGGGGGAGGACUUCCCGCCCCCUCCCCUGCACUAUCCACCCCACCCGCACCACCACCCUCACUACCUGCCCCCUCGGCCCCCACCUGGAGACUACUACCCUCCCCGCGGGCGCCUUCCCCCUCCCCCUCUCCCUCCCCCCCCUCCCCGUGGUUACUACGAGCGUGAGCUCUACGAGAGGGGUGUCCGCUAUGACCCUUACGCCGCCUCCUCGCGCUACUACGAGCGGGACGGCUACGACCGCCGUCUGCCCCCACCUCCCCAGCGCCCUCUCUCGCCACCCCUCACGGCCAGAUACUACCGCGAGCGGAGCCCCUUGGGGAGCCGACGGGCCCUCCUCCCCCCUCCUCCACCACCACCUUCUUCUGCCAGCUAUGCCCGCAGCUACGCCCGAAGUGGCAGUGGCAGCAUGGUGCCCCCUCCUCCUCCACCCUCAUCCUCCUCCUCCUCCUUGUACCAUCAGCGCUAUUCCCUCGGGUCAGGGUUUGACAAAGAUGAUUACUUUGACGACAAGUACAGCAACGGUUUCAGCAGGGGCUACUGAAAGCACCUUUUGAGAAGGGCCGUGUGAGGGGUAAUCAGUUGGUGGGCUUAGGGUAAAGGGCAGCAUGUCAGGAAAAGGUGGGUGGAGCAGGGAAAGCGACGGUUAAAAAUUUGUAAUUGUAAAUAGAGCAUUUUAGGAUAACAGGUAAUGAAACUAAUACUGUAGAUUCUCAUUAAGCUGUAGGGGCAGAAGGAGGAUAUCAGGAGUUAAACACAGCACACAUUAACUUCAUAUGUAAAGGUUUUUUUUUUGUUGUUUUUUUGCUGACCAAAUCAGCCUUUGGAUAAUUUUUAUUUUUCAGUAUGUUAUUUCUAGAUGAGGCUGUAGAAUGUGUCUUUGCAUGCUAGUUUGGAGCGAAUGAGGAUAUUUGACUUAUUUACUGUAUUGAUGUUGAAGGGGACUCUAUUUAGGGUAAGAUUAAUAUUUUUUAUACGUGGCAUGAAAAAUGUAUCCAGUUGGAAGUGGUUUUUCAAUAGUUGAGGUCGUGCAUAACAUGGUCACGUUACAAUAGGGGAAAGGAAAUUUGGCUAGAAGGGUGGCAGUUGCACUAACUCUUGGUACAUGGAUGCUGAAUGGUGUGGCUGCUCGUGGGAGGUUUCCUUGUGGCUCCUUGUUUUUAUAGCCUCCUGCCCGAAGCCUGUCGACUGAGGAGCUGUAGCACGUAAGAUGAUAAUUACUAUUUUCAACCAACCCCAGCUCUUACCACCCUCCCUUUCUGAACCGUCUUAACACAACAGAAAUUCACUAAGUCAUGUUUCUCCCUGUGUUUCUCUGCCUGUCCUCCCUCCCUCCAGCCAUACCUUGGAGGAUUCAUACGUGCCCUGUAAGAAACGAGUGUUCAGAUUGGAGAGGCGUGGGUGUGUAUUUGAUUUGGUAUACAUGGCAUGUGUGUGGUGAGUGUGUUGGAGUCAGGACCCAGUGCUGCUGGGUGGGGUAUAAGUUAAGGAGGUUGGGGAGGUUUUUUGUCUGUUUAAGCGACACGACAGAGCUGUCUCUCAAACUGGUGGGCAGAUCGACCGACCGACCAACCAGCCAAACACAUUGCAACGACCGCCCGCCCGAUCGACCACCCGCAUCACAACACAGCCCCGUCCCGACCGAAAAGGGAACCGGCAACGCCUCAUAGGAUAAAGCUCCGACACCGAAACGCAACUCGAAAACGAACAAAACAAACAGUCCUCUAAAAAAAAUCGAAACGGCCGAAAAACCUGUUCCGACUUCUAGAUACUGCUUGUCCUUUUUUGGUUUAUUUUUUGCUAGCUAAGUUUUUGCUUUUUUUUCUUAGGUGGACGAAUCGCUCGCCUCUGUAGAGUGAAACAAGUGGGUGUGAAUCUUUGUGUUCCCUGGAUUUUAAUACCAGUUCUUUCUUUUAAUAUUACAAUAAAUCUAUUGACGUAGCUGUAAUUCAUAGUAGUAUUCAUGGGAGUCACUCUCCGUUUGAACUGUUAAUUCUGCUCUUCCUGUGCACAUGUCUCUCCCAGCGUUUGCUUCUGUUCAUAUAUUGUUAAUUCUGUUAAAAAUUUAAUUUAGCUAGCCUGCAAGCCGCCUCAGCCCUCUGGUGAAGAAACAAAGCGUUCUCUCAAUUCUUCCUUUAAUUUUUUUUGUUCUUUUUGGACUGUCCUCUCUUCCCGGUUAUGUUACUGUUACGGUUGUUAGAGCUUUGGAACAAAAAUCACUUUUGCUUGUCUUGAUUCUUUUUAAAAAUUCUUUUUUUUAAAACUUAGAGUGUCUUUAUCAGCCGCCUAAAUAAAACUUCGAAUUCUCUGACUCAUUUGAUCCCGUCACGUCUUCUUUCAUAUCGAUUGAGAUGGUAAACAUUUGUUCACACAUUUGGUUGAACACCGAGACA